CGGAGGACAGGCAAGUGCCAGGCUCACAAGCCCCCGUGGACUUGACAAGAGCGGGGGUUCAACACCCCGGGACGGACGGAGCGCCACUCGGAGAAGGGCGUCGAGUGCUGAGCGAGGGCUUAUCUCCCGAAAUCCCCUCGGAUGCGAGCCGCUGCUUUCGAGGUAUGUGCCGAUUACGGGACUUCCAGCGACAUCUCCACUUCCAUUGGACAGUCGGCUACAGUUUCUAGCGCCCUCGCCACCGGAGACACCUAACACAACCGUCAGCUCGGAAACGAGCCGAAUGAGGAAGAGCGCGUCAGCGGAACGCCGGCAUCAGACCGUCUGCACACCGGGGGGAAUCCUCUUCAGUCCCGGCGACUUCCAAAAACUGCACUCGGCUUCAGUCGCGACGAAGGCUUGUCUGGCGAGUCGCUCCCAGGACUGCGGAGUCCACUCCUCUGGUCGCACCUGCCGGACGACUGGCGCCCAGUUCCACCAGGCACUGAAGACAGACAUGGCAUCAUUCAGUCUCAAGCGGUCUUCCUCUUCCUCCUCUUGGGUGAAAAUGACAAAUAUGAAGUGUGCCAUGGGUGUGGUGAGAACCCUCCAGCUUCUGGUCUUCCAUACUCUGGUAGAAAUUGCUCUUCCAACUUCCAGCUACAACACGGGAACCAAGCGAGAAAUAACAAUUGAAGGAGACUUGGUGAUUGGCGGCCUCUUUCCUGUUCAUGAGAAGGGCAGAGGGACAGAAGACUGUGGGAAGAUAAAUGAGCAGCGGGGCAUUCAAAGGGUGGAGGCCAUGCUGUUGGCAUUAGAUGAGAUCAACAAGGAUGAAAAGAUUUUGCCUGGCCUCAAGAUUGGUGCUCACAUCCUAGACACCUGUUCCAAAGAUACCUACGCCCUCGAGCAGUCCUUGGAGUUUGUCCGGGCCUCGCUGACCAAGGUGGACGAAACGGAGUACAUCUGUCCAGAUGGCUCCUAUGCUAUUCAUGAUGAUUUCCCUUUGGCCAUCUCCGGUGUCAUUGGUGGCUCUUACAGUGAUGUCUCCAUUCAGGUAGCCAACCUUCUACGGCUCUUCCAAAUCCCUCAGAUCAGCUAUGCUUCCACCAGUGCCAAACUGAGCGACAAGACCCGCUACGACUACUUUGCCCGCACCGUGCCGCCCGAUUCCUACCAGGCUAAGGCAAUGGCGGAGAUCCUACGCUUUUUCAACUGGACAUACGUCUCGACAGUGGCCUCGGAGGGAGACUACGGGGAGACGGGCAUCGAGGCUUUUGAACAGGAGGCCCGCGCACGCCAGAUCUGCAUUGCCACGUCUGCCAAGGUGGGCCACUCGAUGAGCCAUGAAGUCGUGAUCAAAUCGCUGCUGCAGAAGCCCAAUGCCCAAGUUGUUAUCCUUUUCACCCGUAGCGAAGAUGCCCGAGAGCUGUUGGCAGCAGCCAUGCGAAUGAAUGUGUCCUUCAUCUGGGUGGCGAGCGAUGGCUGGGGGGCCCAGGAGAGCGUGGUGAGAGGCAGCGAGCUGGUGGCCGACGGGGCGUUCACCAUUGAACUGGCCUCCUACCCCAUCAAGGAAUUUGAGACCUACUUCACCAAACUCAACCCCUACAACAACACCCGCAAUCCCUGGUUUCGGGAGUUCUGGGAACGCCGCUUCCAGUGCAGCCUUCAGGACCUGAGCUGUGGGCAGCAGUCGCUGAGGGACGAGGGCAGGUUUGAGCAGGAGUCCAAGAUCAUGUUUGUGGUCAACGCCAUGUAUGCCAUGGCCCACGCGCUGCACAGGAUGCGCCAGGCCUUCUGCCCCAACUCCACCAAGCUGUGUGACGCCAUGAAGCCUGGCAACGGAAGAAGACUUUACAAGGACUUCAUCCUCAAAACGAAAUUUGAUGCUCCCUUCCGGCCUCCCGACACCGAACACACCGUGCUCUUCGACGACUACGGCGACAGCCUCGGUCUGUACAACAUCUUCAACUUCCACCAGGAAGAUGGCAAAUACACCUACGAGAAGGUGGGCCACUGGGCACAAGGCCUGUCUCUCAACACCAGCCGCAUCCCCUGGGCCAGGCACUCCAUCCCCACCUCCCAGUGCAGCGACCCCUGUAGGAAGAACGAGGUGAAGAGCAUGCAGCCCGGUGACGUCUGCUGCUGGAUUUGCAUUCAGUGCCAGCCUUACGAGUUUCUGUUGGAUGAAUUCACGUGCAUGGACUGCGGGUUUGGCCGCUGGCCCAGCGAGAACCUCACCAGCUGUUACGACCUCCCCGAAGAGUACAUCCACUGGGAAGACGCGUGGGCCGUGGGUCCCGUCUCCAUCUCCUGCCUGGGCUUUAUGUGCACGUUCUUUGUGAUCGGGGUCUUCAUGAAGAACAACGACACGCCCAUCGUGAAGGCCUCCGGGCGAGAACUUUGCUACAUCCUCCUCCUGGGCGUCCUCAUGUGCUACAGCAUGACCUUCAUUUUCAUCGCCAAGCCUUCGACGGUCGUGUGCACCCUGCGGCGCCUGGGCCUGGGCACCUCCUUUGCCGUGUGCUACUCGGCUCUAUUGACUAAGACCAACCGCAUCGCGAGGAUCUUCAGUGGCGUCAAGGACGGCGCCCAAAGACCCAGGUUCAUCAGCCCAACGUCCCAGGUGGUCAUCUGCAUGGCUCUGAUCUCCUGCCAGCUUAUCGUGGUCAUCGUCUGGCUGCUGAUCGAGACACCCGGCGUGCGGAAGGAGGUGGCGGCAGACAAGAGGGACAUAGUCAUCCUCAAGUGUAACAACAGGGACUCCAGUAUGCUCAUCUCGCUGACGUACAACGUGGUCCUCAUCAUCCUCUGCACCGUCUACGCCUUCAAGACCCGCAAGUGCCCUGAAAACUUCAACGAAGCCAAAUUCAUCGGCUUCACCAUGUACACCACCUGCAUCAUCUGGCUGGCCUUCCAGCCCAUCUUCUACGUCACGUCAAGUGACUACCGGGUGCAGACGACCACCAUGUGCAUCUCCGUCAGCUUGAGCGGCUCCGUCGUGCUGGGCUGCCUCUUCGCCCCCAAGACUCACAUCAUCCUCUUUCAGCCGCAGAAGAACGUGGCGAGUCACCGCGUGGCCACCAACCGCUUCAGCGUCACGGGCCCGGGGGGCUCCAGCUACUCCCAUGCUUCUGCCUCCAACUACGUGCCCACAGUGUGCAACGGGCGCGAGGUGGUCGACUCCACGACCUCGUCCUUGUAGAGCACCAGAGAGAGAGAGAGGUGCCCCCAGUGCGUGGGCAUGACGGGCGUCCGUGUGGCUCCGUUCG